GCAAUGCAGCUCUCAGGUAGGAGGAGAUCCAAGGCCCAGAGGUAGAUGGGAAAACAAGAGAGCAUGAAGCUAAAUUCUAGGUCUGCACAGGGGAGCAAGGCAUGGAAGGAAGAGAGAGGGAGCAGGAGUGAGGCCUGCAGAGGAGUCGAGCAGCCACUCAUUGUUUUCCUCUUUUGAAUAUUUUUUAGCCUUUGUCAUUCUUUCAGCCUUUGCAGCAUUUUGUUUUUGUUCAAAUGAAACCCCACCAUCUGCAGUUCUGGAACUGGGCUGGUAAUAGGCCUGAAGGAGAACUUUAGAAUGUCUCUCAAAAUUAUGACCUAGGCAUCAUUGUCUAAUUGCAAAUCUCAGAAGGUAAACGUCUGUGGGGAAGGUCUGGACUGUGCUCUAUUGCCAUCAGCUUUAUAGAAAAUCUGGCUAGGCCUUGUCUGGGAUCUCUUGCAGAUGACCACUUGGGCAGAGCGUGAGCUCUUGUGUAAAGAGAGGCAUACCGCAUGGCCAGGGUUUUCCCCAAGAGCUUAUCAUAAACUGGCAGUUGCAAGACCACCAUGCACAGACAUCAAGAUCAAAGUUCGUCAGAAACUGCGCUGCCCCUGGGAAGACACUAGCCGCUGGCACAUCUGGGGAUACCACACCUGGCUGGAUGUAGGGAGGCUGCCACCACUCUUCCCUUCAAGGCCGGACAUACCUUAUGACAGCAACGUGUGGCGAUGGAUUACUGCUCCUAGGACAUACUGCAUGCCCCAGCCACCCGUCCCGCCUCCCUCAGAGAUGGAUGGGAACACUUACCUCAAGUUCAUCGCACAGGGAACUCUGUUUUUAGACAAGAAACAUACGGAAAGAGCUAUGGCCCAAAUACAGAAAGAGCUACAGGAAUGCAAGCGACUGAAGAUGAUGAGCGAGUGCCGAGCUCCCCCCAUAAACAGACAGGGAAAUAUUUUGCCUCCUCAGGACUUCAACCGAUACAGACACAUGACUGCAGGAAGAGGCCUGCAAUCUCUCUCUGUCCAGCUGCAGCCAGUCAGACCUGCAACUAGAGACUGCUGGGAUUGGCCUUGCCCCAGCCUCCAACCCCAUUACCAGGAGGCAGCACAGAGACUCACCUUGAGGAACAACAGUCCAAUCUAUGAAGAGUUGCUGCAGAAAUACCAGGAGCUGGCUGUGUCUGGGAGAUAAACAGGGUACCGUAACACUCCCAGCAAACAACCCAGAACUCUAGAGGGGCUAAUUCUAAGACUCAAGAGGGCUGUUGGGGGCUAUAAGCAGGGGACCCAACUAUGGGGGACUGCACAAGCCGUUAUGUCAGAGGACAGCAACCAGCACCCCAAAUACAGAGAGUGCACUGGUGAUGCAGGCAGGAUCUGCCAGCGAUCAGGCACCCCCAAAACAGCAAGAUACCUCUGCCACUUGAUAUCAAAUAUUAUCAUCCAGGAACCUCCACCACAAAAACACAAAUGUAACUUGGCUUUAAAAUAGCUUGGGAGUCCCCAGCACUGAGGCACAACUGCAGCACUUAGGUAGUACUAAGUCAUGUUGAUUGCCCAUAUUUCCCUUUACGUCUUGGAUUUUUGAUGUUUACCGUUGAGCAGGCCUGCAUUCUGAUAGCCCUAGGGUCUCUGGCACCUGCCCAGGAAGAUCUCCUUCUCUUUCCAGCUGUGAACUAGGUGGGUGCUGAGCUUACAGGUAUCCCCAGCUACAACUAGGAAGUCCUGUUGCCCCUCUUCAGGGUUGUCCACAUCAGAGAUCAGGCCCUUGAUUCUUGUAUAAAAUGCUGAGUAGGUGG